AUGGUCGCCUCUGGUAACAAGAACACUUGCUACGCCACAACAUGUGAUCACUUAAACGACUUCAGUUCGAGCUCUUCAAGUGGCACUGCGGUGGCAGCAGGAGGUGGUGCCUGUGGAGGUGGUGGUGGUGGAGUAGGAGGGGAUCAGGUGAACACCUCUCCAUCCUCUCAGACCCCGACAAUGGCUACUGCCUUCCAACAGACGUCUUCAGGAGCACAACCACCACAGCUGCAGUCACCUGCUGGAACUCUGACUGUUCUCGUGCGUGGCUCCAAUUCUCAGAACUCAUUACAAGUGAGUUUUGUGCCUUUAUCGUGA